UCUUCAAGAGGAAAUUCGGGGUUUUUCCUUUCCUCGAGGACAAACAGGCUUAUUUCUUAGCGUAACGUCUUUUCCAGGACCUCGUGUAAAGAAAGCGUUCGCGCGCGAGCUAAUCCUCCGGUUUCACCUCUUGUUUGAUUACCAUGGCGACAGCAGGGCCACUCUAUACGCCGGAAGAAUCAUUUCUAUGACUGUGUCAAGCGCGGGAAGGUCCAAGCUCAGUGGCUUUUUUUUCCGUUUUGGACAGAGUGUGGAUGGGCUUAUCAAUGGCGGGCCGACGAGGGGCUUUGAUUGUUUUGGAGGGGGUUGACCGAGCUGGCAAAAGCACACAGAGUCGAAAGCUGGUGGAGGCCCUGUGGGCUAGAGGACACCGGGCCGAACUUCUGAGGUUUCCUGAAAGGUCAACAGAAACUGGACAGCUAAUAAGUUCCUACUUGGAAAAGAAAAGUGACUUGGAGGACCACACAGUGCAUCUAUUGUUUUCUGCUAAUCGUUGGGAGCAAGUGCCAUCUAUUAAAGAGAAAUUAAGCCAAGGUAUCAAUCUAAUAGUGGACAGAUACGCCUUUUCUGGAGUUGCCUUCACAGGUGCAAAAGAAAACUUCUCCUUGGAAUGGUGCAAGCAACCUGAUGUGGGGCUUCCAAAGCCAGAUUUGAUCCUUUUUCUUCAGUUAAGUACAGCAGAAGCAGCCAAAAGGGGAGAAUUUGGAAAUGAACGAUAUGAGGACACCUCUUUUCAGGAGAAAGUUCUACAGUGCUUUUACCAUCUGAUGAAAGAUAAAUCUUUAAAUUGGAAGUUGAUUGAUGCUUCGAAGAAUGUAGAAGAUUUGCACAAAGAAAUUAAAUCCUUUGCAGAAGAGGCUAUUCAAGAAGCUCAGCACAAAUCUCUAGGAGAACUGUGGAAAUGAAAUUGACUUAACUCCUUCAAUCAAGUCUUAUUUAAUCAAACUGCACUAUUUGCAUUCACAUCCUCAGUGUGUAUCUGAUGCAUGUGUGUGUAUCUGUUUUGUGAGACCAAGCAGUUUUUUUGUUAAUCUUUACUAUUUAUCAACUCCAUUCCUCUAUAGAGUGUGGAAUUUUAGAAGAGUGAAGCCUGUCCUUUCCUUAGAAAGCAGUUCUGCUAGGAUUCAUACCUAGAGCUGAAAUGCAUGAAUGAAUUGGAGUAAUAUCUUCUUUAGUCCAUUUAGAGAUACUUGAUUUGUUCAGCAGUAUACUUUUACUAUAAAUAUUUAGAGUAAAAGU